AUGCCUAACGCCUCGCAAGCGGUGAGACAAGCUACCGCUAUUGACGCCGCAGCAGCCGCUGGCCGACAUUUGGACGCUGCAGCAGCCGCUGGCCGUCAUUCUGACGCCGCAACAGCCGUUGGCCGUCAAUCGGACGUUGUAAACACCCCUCGCCGACUUGACCAGCUGAACCCGCUUCCGCCGAGGGAAAGGUUUCAAGAGGACGUCGCUCGUCGUUUCCCCCCGCAACCGCCGCGACUCCCAAAGCAGAUACCGUUGCAGCCAGCGUUGCAUCUAGCGUUGCAGCCAGCGCAGGGAAGCGCGGUGCCACUGCUGACACGCCAUCACGCGUCGGGUUUGGCUCGAUCUUCCCCACUUACGGCGGGUUUGACGUCACCUCCACUCUCCACGCGACAAACUUCCCCGUCGCCCGUUCCGAGCGUCACUGCUACCACGACUCCUGCUCCUGCUCCUGCUACUUCGCCCAGCGACAGCGCUACUGCCGCCGCAGCUGCAGCAGACGCGUCGCCGGUUUCACCAUUGACACUCCCAGCUCGCUCCAGCGGCGUUUCUUACUCACCAGCGUCGCCACCCGAACAAACCACCGCUACCACCCACUUCAGUGGCAAUACCGUCCCCUUCAGCGGCCGUACCACGGACUUCACUGGCAUUGUCGCUCGAUCUCCGAACCUCCUACCCGUCGCGCACCGGAGCGACCCUGGUCCAUCCUCGUUAUUGCUAUUUCCGCGUUCACCCGACGCAGCAUCGGCUUCUCUCUCGCUCUCCAGCCACCCCUCUCUCUCUCCCACCAGCAGCCUCAGCACGACCAGCACCACGCUCCCCGCCGUGAUUGGCGCUGCGCUCAGCCCGGCGCCAUACCUUCGAACCACUGCUGCUGACCUUCAACCAGACGUUCCCCCCCACGACAUUCCCCCCGAACUCCCCCCCCCUCCCGACCUUUCCCCCCCCGACCUUCCCAGUGUCGGCUCAGCGGGAAGACCCACUGCUGUCGGCGCGUCAGUGGCGGAGGGAGGGUGGAAUGCGGUGGUAGGGCGGAGUGAGGCGGAAGAAAGGGAGGCGAUGUGGCGGCUGUGCGCGGAAGAGAUGGCGCAUCUGAAAGCGCUGCUGCUGGACGACGGCGGCGGCGGAACGCAAAGCGCGCCGCUGUUGCAGCGCGCCGAGCACGAUGGCUCGCAAAGGACCGUUUCGCGCAGCGACGGCGGCUCGCACGACCCCCACCUGGCUGGGCUGUUUUCAGGAGCCGCAACGGUUCAGGAAAACCCGGACCAGACAUCCGCACUACAAGCUACCCCACAGCAGCAGCAGCAUCAGGAGGAAGGGCAAGGGCCUCCUCAGGGGAACGACCCCUACCGGUUGUACCUGCUGGCUGAGAUACGGAAAGCGCGUGCGGCCAUGCUUUCUCGUGGCGCUACUACUGCUCCUCUCGGCCACCUACAACAGGAACACGCGGGUUCACCCGGGGAUCCAACGGUCAACCUCAAUCACUCUGGGGCUGCGGCCCCUGAAAAGGGGGGGACAGCGGCGCGCUUCCACGCGGGAGGUGGAGGCGGGAGCGGGCGGAGCGCGAUGGUCGUGUCCGCGAUGCUGACGCCCUUGGGAAUCGUCGCGCUCUCAACGCAAGCACGCGCCAAUGCCGCCGCUUGUCUGCCGGAAUCUCGUUUGGGGAACGUUGGGAUGAGCGAGGAGGUGGCGGCGAGGGAAGCAACGGAAACGGCGAGGGAAGCGACGAAAGCGGCGAGGGAAGCCGAAGAGCAAGAACUGCGGGAGAUCUGCAGUGCGCUGUUCUCAGCAGGAGCGCGGGAAGCGGAUGGUUUCUUACAGGGCGCGCUGGGUGGGGCUGGUGGGAAGGGCGUGGUCAGGGGCAGCUCCGGUUGGGAAGUUUCGGGGUCGCGAUUAGGAGACGCCGCACUCCCGGAACAGCACGCAACAUUGCAGCAUGGAUUUCCGCAGCACAUUAUACCGCAGCAGGCAACACCGAAGCACGCGGCGCCGCACGCAACACCGCAGCAUACACUUAUCCACGACCAAGUCCCACUGCAGAGGACGAUGAUCACAGAGCAGGAGUCGGCGCCAUUGCAGCACCUGCUAGCGGCAACGGCAACUCACGCGGCGGCUUUGGAGGCGCCGCAUGAAGCGGCGCUGACCCCGCAGGAGAUCAUGCUGCUGCGAGACGUGCUGGCAGCACCAGCUCAGGAUCACGAGGCGGCGAGGUGGAUAACCACCAAAUCACCCUUCGACGCGCAGCCGUCGAUGGUCGACGCGGAAUUCCCGCGGGGUGAUUUCAAGCAGCCGCAGCGUCGGGCGUCCAAGUCCGAAGGGCAGCGCAGCAGCGGCAUGGCAGGGGAGCGAGAUUUGUUGACGGGAAACGCGCCAGAGGACCUGCGCGUUCCUUUUGAGCGAUACGGCCCGAUCAAGGAUGUCUACCUACCAAAGGACUACCACACAGGGUAUGUUGGCUCCAAUUUUGUAACUGUUUAUGGUGGUGAUGGUGGUGGCAUGAUAUCGCAAUCUGGUUACCAGUUCGUGAACAUGGCGGAUGCGGAGGACGCGCAGUACGAGCUGGAUCGGACCAACUUCAAUGGCAGGGAGAUCACGGUCGUCUUCGCGGAGGAGAAUCGCAAGAAGCCUGACGAGAUGCGCACCAGGGAGCGAUACAGCACGAUCACGCUCGCGCUCCCCUCCAGGCCGACGUUCCUUCUCGCCUCCUCCUCGCCGCCGCUCGCGCUCCCCUCCCCCUCGACGCAGCGGCCCUCCGCGCAGGUCUCCUUCCGUGAUCGCCCAGCUAUUCCAAUGAAGAUCGGGAUCGCAGCUACAGCCGCUCGCCCUCACCCCGUGGCCGUGGCCGUGGGCGCUCCCCUCCUCCGCCUCGCAAUGGCAGCGCCGGCGCUCCACCUAGGCAGGUGGUUUGAGACUAUCCCAACCCCCCCUCCUCCCUUGAGUUUUGAGGCGCCUCAAAUUUCUGGUGUUCCACCUAGGGGCCGGAGUGGUAGUGCUGGUGGAGCUGCAGCAGGUGGUGAAGGUGGGCCUAGCAGGCCUUAA